GUCAAGUAAGACAGAUCCGCUCAGGUGAAUUUUCACAUUAAUUCGUGGGAUAAUAGGAGACGAGUUCUUAACUUAGUUAAUAUAUAUGCGCUCUUUGUUUCUUUUUUUCAUUUGCGUUGUAGUUGCGGUCUAAUGAAAGAUAAAAUAACUAAGUGGGAAGCGUGAGUAAGACGUAGCGAUUAGGCUUAUCAGUUAAUCACCGGAGUUGUAUCCGUUUUCGACCAUUUUCGAUCAUUUUCGAAUUAGGUACUGUUUUGUUCACGUCUUCCUUUAACUGACUUUGUAAUAUUUGGUUAUCUACAUUGACAGCUGAAGUCAUCUUCUUUGGUAUUUCGGAGUCAUUAAUAACCGACGAUGAGAAAUUGACAUAGGAAUUCAAUUACAUCACAGAUCGCAACUUUACUUUUCUUCGUUCGAAAUACCAUACAGGUUUCUGUUGAUAAACUGACUCUUUAUCAGUAGUUUUGUUUGUAAUAUUGUAGAAAAUUAAUAGAAAUGGAUUGUCGGAUUAAGAUAAUAGAGUGACUCAUAAUAAACUUUGCUAUCAUUUCGAUUCAACUUGUGAACUGUGAUUUUAUGGUUGAAAUAAGUUCAUUUUUUGAUGGUGAAGCUUUAUUUGUGUGUUUUAUUCUACGUGAAAAAACAAUUGAAAUAAAAUACAUAUGUAUUAAUUAAGAAAUAAAUUUUCGUAUAUAUUUUGUUUAAGUCGUUAAUAAAUCAAGUGAACACAUACUAGUAUAUUUGAUUCAAAUUACUUAUUCAAAAACGGUAUUUGGAAAAUGGCGGAAAUCUGAAAUGGAAAAAGCGAAGUCGAAAACCUUACAGAGGAAGAUAUUAAAGAGAACACAAAGGAGGUUAAACAGAUUAAUGCGGUUGCUGAUGAGCAAUGCUCGUAUAUCAAAACGAGCCAACAGUGACCAAAAUGACAUGUUAGAGGAGUUUUUGGCGAGGUCACUAGCCAGUAAAAUGUUUACAAAUGGAUUUUCUGUUGGACCUUUCGGAUUAACUACACCGACGCCAGCUGUUAUUACCGUGGAGGAUUCUGGUAUUGGAACAACGCCUACAAACGACAUGGAAGCUUUCGAUACUGACAUGUCAAACAUUUGUAACGAUAUUCGAGGUAGGGAUAGGGCGUGUUGUAAUUCGGCAAGCAGAUGUUUCGACGAUGCAAAAGGAGUUGUGGAAGAACUGGACAAUACACCAGUAGAUUCGUUCAGUCUCAUGUCAGCCUGCAGGAAAGUCAGUGCCGAGUUGAAGAGAGACAAAAUUUGUGUCCAGAGGUCGCUAUCACGUUGCGGAGGCCCUGACAGAGUUAUCUUGCAGAGAAGAUUCGACAACCGUGUAGAUAGACUAUAUAACCAGUUCUACAAACAUUGUAGAAGAGGCACGGAAAAUACAACAUCAUCACCAAUAACAACAAGUACUGGCAAUAUUGGUAACUCGUCAAAAGAAGCUACAACCCCUAAUUCUCAUAAUCCAACAGCUGUCAUUCCAUCAUCAUCAUGGACUAACCCAUUUCCAAAUGUUACUCCCCACGACCACAGUGGACACAACCAUGACCACACUUUAGGCGGCAGUACUAACACUUCCGGUUCCGGUGCCAUAAUUGCUGGUGCAAUAACAGGAGGAAUAGUCCUGGGUCUAGUGCUGCUCGUUGCAGUGAUAUUAUGGUGCAAAAACAGACGAGAUAACAACGGCUCAAAUAGCUCAACAGACAGUGCUGGCAUAUUCUUCCAGAAGCGACCAAACAUGUUCUCAACAGACAGACCGCGAUCAGAGAACAACAACAAACCUCCAGUAACCAGGCAGGAAUCUACAAUAUACGCCGAAAUUGAUGAAGCUAUGGUAAAUCCCGGGUAUAAACCGCCAGUUCCUGGAACAUUGCCUCAUAUGGGUUACCUUAAUCCUGUAAGUGACGGAGAAUCAGGGUCGUAUACACCACCUCCCACAUCUGGCCGAUCGGCCAGUGUGCCAGUUGCUACUACGCGUGGCCAGCUCAGCUACGGACCAAUAUUGGCCGCUAAUGGUGGACCUGGUCAAAAUAAUAACUUAUUUUACGCUUCAACAUCAAUGACUGAUCCAAGUAUUCAUAAUCGCGAAACUCCGAGGAACUUACUUCCAGCAACCGGAAACGGAAGUGGAUCAUCAGACGACUAUUAUUUGACGACGGAUUCCCAUGACUCCUCUCAUGACGACACUUUGGACGAUUAUGAAGAACCUGUCAGUGCUAAUCCUUCAAUACGAUAUACUGACCUGAAGGAUGCGUCACCCCCUGAGCAUAAUGCCCCGGAUGUACCACAAGCAACAAACGUAAACAUUACUCCGACAACAACGCCUAAAAAGAAUGGAGUAAAAGUUCUUCCUUCAAAUCCUUUUGCUCCGUUCGGCUCAACAACGGAGUCACAAUCACCAGGUUCUGACUCAACUCAACCUAUCGCCAAGCCUAGACGUAAGAAGGACCGAAACAUUAAAGAAUCGCCGGAAACAAAUCCUCGCGAGUCGUCUGCUUCUGGCAAACAAGGUGCAAAUGAACUCGUAAGGAGGACAGAUGUUCUAGUUUCCAAUCGAGAUUCGGCAAUGUCUGAUACAAGUACCAAAUCAAGCCAUCAUUAUUUCGUGUUGGAACCAGAUCAUACCCACAUGGAUUAUGAAAACUCUGUCAGUACUCCAAAAUUAGUAUAAAAUCAUAAUUGAUUCCAGGAUUUUAGGUGGAGGAAUCUAGUCAAGCAGGACUGUGACUUUAUUCAUAAAAAUGUAUGCUAAGUGGCGGCGCAUGCAGCUCUUUAAAUAAUACUGCGGGACUUGGUUUUGGAGAAUAAUUAUUUGUAAAUUAUAACAUAAAUGUGAGUAGUUUUUGUUACACUAAGUUGUUUUAUUAUGUAAAUAUGUUUACGCAAAACCCAUUCGCUGGCGAAUGGUCCAUGUACAAAACUUACUAACAAAAUAAUGUGUGUGUGGCUUCUGUCUUACUCAUAUAGAAUGCUUUAUCACUAAAAAUUGCUGCUAUUUUUCAAAAGUCUUAUCACAAGAAUUUUGUACAUUUCUUAUCUAGCAAGGGCGGAUCCAUAUGCUUAAUUUGAGACCCAGUCAUCUCAAAAGAAAUUUUCGUCUCGCUUCGCUCGCAAGACACUACACCGGUAGUGUAAUCAUUGUUGAAGUUGAGGGACCUUGCGAAAAUUUAAUAGCUGCCUUUUUAUCAAAGUGUGUUUUUUCCCCCUUUAAAUCUUAUAGAUUUUUUUCUUACUGUAUAGAUUUAAUGAAUGACAAUUAUUAAUGCACAAACCUGCGUUAAAUUGUCAUAUUUUAGAUAUACUUGCCUAAUAUUUUCUAGUGCUCUCGGACUCAACUGGAAAUUCGGCACCUCUCUUAAAAGGUAAUCCUGGAUCCGCCUGGUCUAGUUGGCACAUUGUAAUUCUAAGCAAAAAAAACACCCUGAAACAUCAAAAUGCUUA